ACUUCAUCUACAUUUCUCACUACUUCUUUUACAAUUUCAUCUUCAACAAAAUCUUCCAUUUUCAUCUACACCAACUCCCCAACAAUAUGUCUUUACUCACAAUGGGCGAAGCACACAGAGGAACAGUUGCAAACAUCGCGACAUACGAGGUCUCAAGGUUUCGAACUCGAGUCCACGAAUUUGUCCCAAUGGACCCGAUGAUUCAACCUUAUGUUGAACUCGCCGGUUUUGGUCACCUUAGCAAAAUUAUGUCUUGGUCUAUAGAUAACAAGUUCAUUCUAGCCUUAUGCGAAAGAUGGAGGCCAGAGACACACACAUUUUGGUUUCCAACCGGUGAGUGUACCGUGACGUUAGAAGACGUCUACAUGCUUUUAGGACUACGAAUUGAAGGCAAAGCUGUUAAUGGUAAGACCAACUAUGCAAAUUCAAUUUGCAUGGAGCUUUUAAACACUGAUUUGUUAGAUGAUAAUGCUAGGGGACAAGGUAUACUACUUUCACGCCUAAAGUCAUAUUAUAAUAAUUUUUAUUUAGAUGAGCAUUCUACCGAAGAUGCUCGAAUCAUCAAAACUAGGUGUUACAUUAUGUUGUUACUAGGAUCCUUUUUAUUUCCCGAAGGUAGUGGUUCUAGCAUGCAUAUUAUGUACUUACCUUUACUUAGACAUAUAGAUAGAAUAGGUAGUUAUAGUUGGGGAUCCGCAUGUCUAGCCUAUCUCUAUAGUUCUUUGUGCAAAAACUCCCACAAAGAUACUUCUACAUUUUCUGGAUGUGCUGUUUUGCUACAAGCAUGGGGAUGGUCAAGACUACCGUCUCUAGCACCGGUCAAUAGCAACCCCUUCACUUUUCCAUAUGCAAAAAAAUGGUCGGCACGCGGUAUGAAUUACAGCAGAUGUCCGAGACAUUGUAUUACUCAAUAUCGCAACCUGUUGGAUCACCUUCGACCGGGAGGUGAAUAUGCUACUAUAGAAAAACCAACUCCGAAAGGUGGAAUGUACGAAGUUAAUGGCAUAGACCGCGUCAAUGCUAAAGUGGAUGCGCUUACUCAAAAGAUUAAAAGCUUGACCAUAACACCAGCAGUCACUGUAGCUGCUAUAAUACCAAACUGUGAAUUAUGUGGAACCCUUGGGCACACUAAUGUUGAUUGUCAGUUAUUGGUUGGUGUUCCCACCGACCAAAUAAACUAUGCCCAAGGAAACCCAUAUUCAAACACUUACAAUCCUUGCUAG